UCAACUGGAAGAGUUCAGAAACACUGGAGGGGACCAGUGCUGCUCGACGUCUUUCCGUUGGCUGUGCGGGAUGAGCUGCGCCGUUAUUUUUAAAGGAAGCUGCUCAGUGGAGUUUACCGUAUCCCACACCUGACUUUUUAAAAAAUAACUCCUGUACACUUUUACCUGUGCAUUGAAUGUCUUUGGAGAACGAGUUUUAUAAACGCUGUAGGCUACAGAAGAGGCGCUUGUUGUAUUGAAAUACCUGCGGUCCUGCAUGUCGGAUGCGAAUCUCCCUGUUUGGUACAUCUGAAUGAGCGCACUGAGUGGAAAGAUGCGUGUGACACGGAUAAAGUCUUAUUUACGUGUGCAUUUCACGAAAACACUACUUCUUGUGGCAACUUUGAUGGUCCAAACUCUGACAUGUGCUGCUGCAGACGUGACCCUAUCUGAAUCUGGGGAGAUUGAGCCUGUGGCAGAGGCCCAAAGCGGAGGUCUUCCGACGUCUGAAGACCAGUACCUGGAGUUUGUGGAGCAGCCGAGCAACAUCACCCACAUGCAGGGCCAGACGGCCACGCUCCACUGCAAGGUGUCGGGCAGGCCGUGGCCCUCCAUCCGCUGGCUGAAGAACGACGCGCCCGUGGUGCAGGAGCAGGGCCGCAUCUCCAUCCGCAAGACCGACACCGGCUCCAAGCUGCGCAUCCAGGACCUGGACACCACCGACACGGGCUACUACCAGUGCGUGGCCGCCAACUCCCUCAAGGUCAUCACCGCCACGGGGGUGCUCUACGUCCGACUCGGACAGUCUCCAACACCUGGACCAGAUGACCCGAACCAGGAGAAGGGCUUUUGCCAGCCGUACCGCGGCAUCGCCUGUGCCCGCUUCAUCGGCAACCGCAGCAUCUACGUGGAGUCCCUUCAGAUGCAGGGCGAGAGUGAGAACCGCAUCACCGCUGCCUUCACCAUGAUCGGCACGUCCACUCAGCUCUCGGACCAGUGCUCCCAGUUCGCCAUCCCCUCCUUCUGCCACCAGGUGUUCCCGCUGUGCGACGAGGGGGGCCGCGGGGCGCCCCGCCGCCGCCAGCUGUGCCGCGACGAGUGCGAGGCGCUGGAGAACGACCUCUGCAACUUCGAGUACACGGUGGCGCGCUCCAACCCGCACCUGCUCAUGCAGCUGGAGCUGCCCAACUGCCAGCUGUUGCCGCACCCCGGCUCGCCCGACGCCGCCAACUGCAUGCGCAUCGGGGUUCCCACCGACCGCCUGGGCUCAUACCACAGUUGCUACAACGGCACCGGAGCCAACUACCGGGGCACGGUCAGCUUCACCCGGUCAGGCCACCAGUGCCAGCCGUGGAGCAGCCAGUACCCGCACAACCACCACCUGACCCCCAUAGAGUACCCGGAGCUCAGGGGCGGCCACAACUUCUGCAGGAACCCCGGUGGCCAGAUGGAGGCGCCAUGGUGCUUUACACUGGACCCCCAUGUCAGAGCUGACCUGUGUGACAUCCGCCCUUGCAAGCCCCCAGAGAAUGUGAAGAAGGAGAUCCUGUACAUCCUGAUCCCCAGCAUCGCCAUCCCGCUGGUCAUCGCCUGCCUCUUCUUCCUGGUGUGCAUGUGCCGCAACAAGCAGAAGGAGUCGGCCGACACGCCCACCCGCCGCCAGCUCACCGCCUCGCCCAGCCAGGACAUGGAGCUGCCACUCCUAAACCAGCACAAGCACCAGGGCAAGCUGCGUGAGAUCAACCUGUCAGCGGUGCGCUUCAUGGAGGAGCUGGGCGAGGACCGCUUCGGCAAGGUGUACAAGGGUCACCUGUACGGCACGGCGCCCGGCGAGCAGACGCAGGUGGUGGCCAUCAAGACGGUGAAGGACAAGGACAAGGACGAGGGCGCGCUGCUGCGCGAGGAGUUCCGCCACGAGGCCAUGCUGCGCACGCGCCUGCAGCACCCCAACAUCGUGUGCCUGCUGGGCAUCGUGACCAAGGAGCAGCCCAUGAGCAUGGUCUUCAGCUUCUCCGGCCACGGCGACCUGCACGAGUUCCUGGUCAUGCGCUCGCCGCACUCGGACGUGGGCAGCUCGGACGACGACAAGACGGUCAAGUCCACGCUGGAGCAGGCCGACUUCCUGCACAUCGUCACGCAGGUGGCGGCCGGCAUGGAGUACCUGUCCAGCCACCACGUGGUCCACAAGGACCUGGCCGCGCGCAACAUCCUGGUCUACGACAAGCUCAACGUCAAGAUCCUGGACCUCGGCCUCUUCCGCGAGGUCUACUCGGCCGACUACUACAAGCUGAUGGGCGCCAGCCCCUUCCCCAUCCGCUGGAUGUCGCCCGAGGCCAUCGUCUACGGCAAGUUCUCCACCGACUCGGACAUCUGGUCGUACGGCGUGGUGCUGUGGGAGAUCUUCAGCUACGGCCUGCAGCCGUACUGCGGCUACUCCAACCAGGACGUGAUCGAGAUGGUGCGCAACCGCCAGGUGCUGGCCUGCCCGGACGACUGCCCGGCGUGGGUCUACACGCUCAUGCUGGAGUGCUGGAGCGAGUUCCCGGCGCGCCGGCCGCGCUUCAAGGACGUGCACGCGCGCCUGCGCACCUGGGAGAGCCUGUCCAACUACAACAGCUCGGCGCAGACCUCCGGCGCCAGCAACACCACGCAGACCAGCUCGCUGAGCACCAGCCCCGUCAGCAACGUCAGCGCCGCCCGCUACAUGAGCCCCAAGAAGGCCUCGCCGUUCCCGCAGCCGCCGCAGCAGCCCCAGUUCAUGUCCAUGAAGGGCCAGAUGCGGCCCAUGGUGCCGCCGCAGCUCUACAUCCCGGUCAACGGCUACCAGCCCAUGCCGGCGUACCCGUACCUGCAGAACUUCUACCCCAUGCAGAUCCCCAUGCAGAUGGCGCAGCAGCAGCUGGCGGCGCAGCAGCAGCAGAUGGUGGCCAAGGCCGGCUCGCACCACAGCGGCAGCGGCUCCACCAGCACGGGCUACGUGACCACGGCGCCGUCCAACGCCUCGGGCGCCGAGCGCGUGGUCCUGCUCAGCGAGGACGGCAAGCUGGCGCCGUUGGGCGGCGCGGGCGGCGAGGAGGAGGCGGCGACGACGGCCGCCGACGGCGCCUCGCAGAACGGACGCCACAGCGAGGACACGUCGGUCCCGGAGACCGAGCUGCUGGGGGACAGCGAGAGCGCCCAGAUAGAGAACAGUGACGGCCGCGCCGAGGCGUAGAGCGGGCCCUCUCUCUCCGGAACCGAACGGAACCAAAACGGAAGAGAACUCUGGUGAUAAAGAGUGAGACUUCGUUUUUACUUGUUAGUGAACUGUACAUGAGUAGGAAAACAAAUAAGUGAAGGGAAGACAUUUGAAUGAAACAGUAACUGAAUUGUAAUUUAUGAGGCUUUUAUUUGUUUUAUUUUGUUUUGUUUUGUUUUGUUUUUAGCAGUUACUGAUGUGAUGUGUGUGUGGUGCUGAACUCUAGGUCUUUGGGAACGGAAAUCCCUCUGUUUGGCAUCUAGGCUUUGGGAAAGGAUAUCCCAUCAGUCGUAUUUCAAAUGAUGUGAUGAAGAAGAAGAAGAAGGAGAAGAAGAAGAAGAAUCCAGUUCGUAGCCUCUGCACUGUGGAUGCCCUCUGCCAUGUUUCAUGGACAGUGUCACUUUGUUGCAAAGCCAUUCAGAAGAAUUGAUGUUCUUACUGUUGCUGUGCAACAAGACAUGUUUUCUUGUUUCUCAUUCGUGAUUGUUUUUAUUUUCGUCGUUCUCCAACAACAUAUUUUUAGGUUAUUUUGGUCACUGAUACUUCUACUGAACAUUGGACCAUACUAGCCUCCUUGACAUUUUAUCACUUCAAGCUCAUUGACCUGAAAUAAGUUCAUAAACUCAUCGACCUUGGUCCAGAUGACACCACCAUAACAUGAUGAAGUUAAUCCCCAUAGCCUGUGGACAUAGUUACUUAACCAACAUAGUGUGAUGAAAAGACAGACUGGCUGUCAUUACUCCGGACAGCAAAGAGGCAUAGUGCCGCAGUGAAAAUUAAAGUCUACACAUCAUACAGUUGAGUACAGAAGUGCCUGGUGUCAUUUUUAGAUCCUACUCUUUUUAACUUUGAUAUUAUGUUGUAAAGAUUUGUAAUUUAUGUCAUUUUUAUCAAAAAAAUAUGUUGUUGAUUUCUUUUUUAAAAUGUCUUUGCCUUUUCUUGGGGCAAAGUUUGUUUAGCCAGUGGUGUUACUUUUAUGUCCUUGCCACCAGAUAUUUGCUUUUUUAACCAAGCUGUUAUAACAAGAGUUAAUCAUAUAUUGUGUACUUCCAGUCACUUGGAGUGUCCAAUAAAAAGAAAUAACA